AUGCCCCAGCCUUCCGACUGCCCGACCUCCCAAGGGGGUACAGGGACUGUUUCGACGAGUCUCACAGGCUGGCAAUUCCGGUGGCCGGGGAGCGCCCUGCUCGAGAAACCGCCCCCCAGGCGUGUGGAGCUGCCAUCGGAGGAGGUGGAGGUGAUCCUUCGGAGACUCCGCGCGAUGUCUGGGGAGGAGCGGCGGGUGGCGCUGGCCGCCAUGCCCGAGGGCACGCGGAAAGAGCUGAUGAAGCAUUUGAAGCAGGAGGCUGGUGGCUCCCGGCUCCGCCAGCUCUUGUCACACCUGCCGGACCUAUUGGAGGGCGCGGAUGACCAGAAGCGCACCGAGCUCCUGCAGGGCGUUCGGAUGCUGGAGGCCGUGAAUGCGCAGGUCCUGGCUGCACCGGACAUGGCCGCGGUAGUGCGGAUCCUUCGGGAGCUCACGCCGCUGCAGCGGCACGCCAUCGUGGAGGCGCUGCCUGCGGAGACGCAGCAGGCGCUGACGGCCCACCUGAGGGCAGAGAAGGCAGCGCACAGCGCGCCCAAGGCCUAUCCCGCGCAGAGCCUGUUGCCGGCCCUGUGCCGCAUGCGCUGA